CGUUGAGGAAGGAGCCCAUUCUGAAAUGUAUCAACGGCCCCACUUCCGGUACACCGUCUGCGUGUUGUCUAUCACGUCCGCAGUCCAUAUUUAAGUUCCGUGUCGCAGGCGUUCAGCUGCAUAUUCAUCUUUGAAUCUCUCUCGAAGAAGAAGACAUCACAAUGAGCGGAAGAGGCAAGGGAGGCAAAGGACUCGGAAAGGGCGGCGCCAAGCGUCACCGCAAAGUGCUUCGCGAUAACAUCCAGGGAAUCACCAAGCCCGCCAUCCGCCGUCUGGCUCGCCGCGGUGGAGUGAAGCGUAUCUCCGGUCUGAUCUACGAGGAGACCCGCGGUGUCCUGAAGGUCUUCCUGGAGAACGUGAUCCGCGAUGCCGUCACCUACACCGAGCACGCCAAGAGAAAGACCGUGACCGCCAUGGACGUCGUCUAUGCGCUCAAGAGGCAGGGCCGCACUCUGUACGGCUUCGGAGACACGUUCAGACGAACAGCGACAUUCAACAUGGCAGAAGAAGCACCCGCAGCAGCACCGGCGAAAGCCCCGGCAAAAGCCCCGAAGAAGAAGAGCGCUCCCCGGCCCAAGAAGGAUGGACCCAGCCUCCCGAAGCUCAUCGUGGCCGCCGUGGCCGAGUCCAAGGAGCGCAAGGGAACCUCCCUGGCGGCUCUGAAGAAGGUCCUGGCCGGGAAAGGCGUCGAUGUGACCAAGGCGAACAAGCGCAUCAACACCGCCGUCACCAAGCUGGUCACCGCCGGUACCCUGGCUCAGACUAAGGGCACCGGGGCCUCCGGCUCCUUCAAGCUCGCCAAGAAAGAGCCCAAAGCCGCCGCUAAGCCCGCAAAGAAGGUGGUGAAGAAGAAGGCAGCCACCAAAGUUAAGAAGCCCGCUGCCGUCAAGAAGACCGCACCGGCCAAGAAGACACCUGUUAAGAAAGCAGCCGUCAAGAAGUCGCCCAAGAAGAAGGCAGCGGCCAAGAAACCCGCCGCCGCAAAGAAGGUGGUGAAGAAGAGCCCGAAAAAGGCCGCGGUCAAGAAGCCAAAGGCAGCGAAGAAGACUCCGGUCAAGAAAGCGCCAGCAAAGAAGACCGCAGCCAAGAAGGCCAAGAAGAAGAUGGCAAGAACCAAGCAGACCGCCCGUAAAUCCACCGGAGGAAAGGCUCCCAGGAAGCAGCUGGCCACCAAGGCUGCCCGCAAGAGCGCACCCGCCACCGGCGGCGUGAAGAAGCCUCACCGUUACAGGCCCGGUACCGUGGCUCUGAGGGAGAUCCGUCGUUACCAGAAAUCCACCGAGCUGCUUAUCCGCAAGCUCCCCUUCCAGCGCCUGGUGAGGGAGAUCGCCCAGGACUUCAAGACCGACCUGCGCUUCCAGAGCUCCGCCGUCAUGGCUCUGCAGGAGGCCAGCGAGGCUUACCUGGUCGGUCUCUUCGAGGACACCAACCUGUGCGCCAUCCACGCCAAGAGGGUCACCAUCAUGCCCAAAGACAUCCAGCUGGCCCGCCGUAUCCGCGGCGAGAGGGCUUAAACUCAUUCACCCCCCUAAUCGGCACAAACCCAAAGGCUCUUUUAAGA